UUCGAGAAAAAUAACAAAGAAGCCUAUGGCGCAAGAGAUCCCUCUUCAUUUUUUAUCUCCAAUGCUUCAUUCUUUUUUUCUUUUUUAAUCCCAUGCUCCUCCUAUAUAUAUAUAUGUUCCUAUCUCAAGUUUCAUUUUUAUUUUUUGUUUAUUUUCCCAGAGUCCAAUUUCCUUCUCUCCAAGGUUAAUUCAAGUUUAACCCCCAUUUCUUCUCAAGAAUUUCUUUCAUUUGAAAAAAUGUUAUUUGUUUCUUCUAGAUUUUGAUUUUUGUGGCGUUGAUAAUUCAUUUCAGGAUUUCUUCCCUAGUAUUGAAAGAUGCUGGGAGAUUUUAUUAACCGAGUUCUUAUAUUGUUUGUUGGGUAUGCAUACCCAGCGUUUGAAUGUUAUAAAAUCGUUGAGAAGAAUCGGGUGGAGAUUGAAGAACUCAGAUUCUGGUGUCAAUAUUGGAUUCUGGUGGCAAUGCUGACAGUUUCUGAGAGAAUUGCAGACGUUUUUGUUUCAUGGUUGCCCAUGUACGGCGAGGCGAAGCUGGCGUUUUUUCUCUACUUAUGGUAUCCCAAAACAAAGGGAACUGGGUAUGUGUAUGAGAACUUGCUGAGGCCGAUUAUGUCUAAGCACGAAAAGGACAUAGAUCAAAAGAUUCUGGAACUGAGAACCAGAGCCUGGGACUUGGCUAUUUACUACUGCCAUAAUUGCACAGUUUUAGGCUCUGCAAAAUUCUUUGAAAUGCUUCAUUACUUGGCCGGUCAAUCUGCAAUGUUUAAUCAGACGCCGCGGGGAACGCAGAAUUCGGGAAAGCAGAAGAAACGGUCAUCUUCAACUGGGCCACAACCAUCUUCACCAACAAUCGGCCGGGUCGUAACGGAGCCCAUGAAGUCUCAUUUGGGCAAAGUCCACACUCGGACCCCAUCCGAGCCCACUAUUCCCGAAGACCACCCUUACCCAGAUUCCCCCUCCGUCCCCGCCUCACCAAAUCACAGCCUCCUCCAAGCUCGCCUCCGGCUCCGCCCUCAAAACCCCUACCAGUGAAAUCAAUACCCAAUUGUACAAAACAUAAAAAAAGAUAACCAAAAAAGGAAAUUAAAAACUAUUUUAUAUUUUUUUUCUUUAAUUGAAAUUCUUUUAUUCUUUUCAUGUAAAUAUUUGUUAUCUAUUGAGAAAAU